AUGCAGAGAAAGAUGAGUGUUCCUAAACGUCAAAUUACAUGUGGUACCUUUCUCAGGUUCUCUAAAGGACAUGUGGUUGAAGUAGAGAGAAAAAAUUCAAUUUUUUUACCAGAUUACAUCGAGAGAGAAAUUAUUUUCUUAAUAGGUGGAGGCUAUAAACAUACUUUCAAGAUAGGUGAGACCACAGUGAAGUACGUGUUCACAGACGACAAUGGUAACAGCGCCAAUUUCAACUUCAAAGUGGAAGUGCGGGAUGUCCAACCACCCACCAUAACCUGUCCAAAAGUUGACCCAGUUGUGUCUGCGGACAGAGAGGUCGACGUGUUCUGGGUAGAGCCAACGGUAAAAGACAACAGUGGCAGACCUGUGACGGUGAACAGCAAUAUGAGUCCAGGGAAGUUUUACUGGGGGCGGUACAAAAUUGUUUACGACGUCAGAGACGAAUCUGGAAACCGUGCAAGUUGCUCUUUCGCGCUCAACAUAGGACCUCACCAGUGUCCUGAUCUCCAUACACCUAUCAACGGAGCUGCGGGAUGCGACACCUUUGGGUACGGAGUGUUCUGUACUCUUCAGUGCCAAAAUCCAUACGAUUUCGACUUGCCAGCCGGUAUGACGUCCGUGCCAAGUUUCUACGUGUGUGGCGGGAGCGGGAGAUGGCAACCCACCACCCAAGUGCCCGACUGUACCCGAUACCAGGAUCCAAAUGACAACCUCGUUCUGACCUUAUACUACGAUUAUGAAUGCCCGGAUCCUAGGGCCCAAAAGCAAAUCAAAGAAAAUGCUGUGAGCAAUUUCAAAGCGUCGCCUUUUGGGCUUACAUGUAACUGCAUUGUCACAGUCGAUAACUUCAGAGUCAUAUGCGGCGCCAUUAACGCCAGUGCUGUUCGAGGAACACCAGCGCCCCCUCGAGGUAAAAGGUCCGUGGGGGCUCCUUCACUCAGAGGACAAAAUGUUGAGUUACUCAUGAGAGAAAUGAAAAACGCGCUAGAAAAGAGCGCACAAACCAUCGGGCUUCGUGCUCGGUAUAAUGUUCACGGAGAGGUGGAGAGUUGCCCACCAGGCCAGGAAUAUAAACAAGAGAGAAAUAAAUGUGCGGUCUGCGUGAAGGGAUAUUUUCAGAAUGCGGCACUGAAGUGUGAAAAAUGUCCCAAGGGUCAGUACAGCGAGGACGAGAGGCAGGUCAUGUGUGUGGCUUGUCCCGACGGGGAGAGUACGCUGACCACUGGCUCUUUUAGUAGACAAAACUGUACCGAAAUGUGCAGGCGAGGUUAUUAUUCCGGUAACGGAUUAGAGUAUCCAGACUCCUGUUCGCCUUGUCCUGCGGACACCUACAAUACUGCUCGAGGACAGAUGAGUUGUAAACCCUGUCCAAGAAACACGCACACGGCGCCCCUUGGUGGAGCAGAUGAUAGAAGAAAAUGUAAAGGUCCGUGUCCGGCUGGAACAGUGUCAGUCGAUGGUCUUCAGCCUUGCAAGCCUUGUCCAAAGAACACAUACCAACCAAAUGGAAGGUCAACGGAGUGUCAAGAGUGCCCAUCCGGCAAGGUCACGCUGGGUGAAGGGAAAACAAGGAUUGGAGACUGCAUAGAUCUUAAUGAAUGCCUGUCUAACCCUUGUCUCAAUGGGGCCCGGUGCGAAGAUCGCAUAGACGAGUAUUUCUGCGCAUGCCCAGUUGGUUUCACUGGCAAAAACUGUGAAGUGAACAUAGAUGACUGUGAGAGCACGCCGUGUAUGAAUGGCGCCACGUGCUUGGACAGGGUGAACGGAUACUCGUGUCGCUGUGCCCCCGGUUAUACUAGGGCUGAUUGUUCCCUGAAUAUUAACGAGUGCGCCUCUUCCCCCUGCCAGAACGGCGCUACUUGCGUCGACAAGGCAAAUGGCUACACCUGUCUGUGCGUACCAGGCUUCCAUGGCAACAGGUGCGAGAUUAACGUCGACGAAUGCGCGGACAACCCUUGUGAAAAUGGAGGGAGUUGCCGAGACGGGGUAAACGAGUACACUUGUCAGUGUCGGCCUGGCUUUACGGGGCUUAAGUGUGCACAGAACAUUGAUGACUGUGAAGACGUGAGUUGUCAGAACGAAGGGACUUGCGUUGAUGGGGUCAACAGUUUUCAGUGCCGAUGCCCUCCGGGUUUCACUGGAAGAUAUUGCGAAACUAAUAUCAAUGAGUGCGCUAGCUCCCCUUGCGUCAACGGCGCCACCUGUCAUGAUGACGUCAACAAAUUCAUAUGCAAAUGCAAGCCAUAUUAUUCAGGGAAAACUUGCAGCACACGAGAAUCUCCAUGUUUUGGAGUCGACUUCAACCAGGCGUCCGAGUUGGACUUUAUCAAGUUGGAACCUAAUAUGCCAUUCAGGUCUUUGUCAGCUUUAACUAUAGAGUUUUGGAUGGAGAGCAGUGACAACAAUAAAGUGAAUGGGAGUUAUGGGACGCCAAUAUCAUACGGUUCACGUGCUGGCGACAAUUUCACCAUCUUUGGAUAUACUAACUUUGCAAUGGUGGUCAACGGUGAAGAGGCCAUAACGGGAGUGGACGCAGCAGACGGGCAAUGGCACAAGAUAUGUGCUACGUGGCAGGCAUCAGACGGCAGCUGGCAAUUUUACAAGGACGGCACACUCAAACACAGAGGCAAAGAUCUUUCGAAGGGACGACCUCUACCCGCCGGAGGCAUCUUUGUUCUGGGACAAAAGCUGAACGGCCUGGAGACGUUUUCACCUCUAGACACGUUUAAAGGCAAGCUGCACGGCAUGCGGCUCUGGGACAGGGUACUGGACUGCUCGGCGGAUAUUUCUGAUGCCACAAUAUCCAUUGCAUGGCCGGAUUUCAUCGGAACGAUAGAGGGCCGUCUCGGCAAGACGAGAUCAAUUAUUCCACCAGGAGUUUCAUGUUCUACGUAAAGCCUUUAUCACCAAGAAUGCCACAGCGAAAAUACUGUCCUGUGAAAAAGGCCAAACAAUGAAGUUUGAAUAAUAAUUCUCAUAAGACAAAAAGUAGGAUGCAAAUGACGUUGACGUUACAAAUGUAUAAUAAUUAUUAUCACGGGAAGUAUAUGUUCAUUUUAUCCUCGUACGUUGGUUAGAUGAUUGUUCAUCCAAGCCGCUGAGCAAGUCACCUGCCCUGGUAUGAGGGUCGCUUCAAUUCUUAAAGGACAGUUAUCUUUAAUUUCAUCAGCACAAGUUUCUACCGCGUUUGGUUAAUUAAAAGUAUAAUAAAUGUCAGCGAUAUACCAAAAUGGUCAUUAAUAAAACACCAAAGGAGUAAAUGCGAGCGACGCAGCCUGUUUAUGUAUACCCGUACCAGUAUUUGUUCUCCCCAGGCUUCGUCUAAUUUUUUCUUGAAAAUAAUCCAGCGGACAGAUGACAACGCAGUAUAUCCGGUUGUUAUAGCUACGAGAGUUGUCACGACAACGAGUAACGUGCACUUCUUUGCAUUUUCUUUCGUGAAUAAAGCCGAUUUGCGAUAAGA